AGUUGUUUACAAAGGUUUUAUCCACAUUUCAACGCACUCCUUAUCUCCACAUUACAAAAAUGCCGGGACCCGUCGUCGAAGAGAUUGAAUCCGAGAAGAAGAUCGAGGAAGAGGUUCCAGUAGUUGAAGGUGUUGUUGAGGAUGUGAAGGAAGAAGAUGACCACAACGAUGAUGACGUGGAUGCUGAUUCUGAUGAUGACGAGGAUGAUAAGGAAGAUGGUGUCUUAGCCGGAACUGAGAGCUCAAAGCAAAGUAGGAGUGAGAAAAAGAGCCGAAAGGCGAUGCUGAAGCUUGGAAUGAAACCUGUUCUUGGCGUUAGCAGGGUCACAAUUAAAAGAGCAAAAAAUAUCAUGUUUUUCAUCUCAAAGCCGGAUGUCUUUAAAAGCCCAAAUUCCGAAACCUAUGUCAUAUUUGGAGAGGCGAAGAUUGAGGAUCUAAGCUCACAACUGCAAACUCAAGCAGCCCAACAGUUCAGAAUGCCCGACAUGGGGUCAGUCAUGGGCAAACCUGAAGUUUCAGCUUCAUCUGCUGCUCAGGCAGAUGAAGAAGAGGAGGAAGUCGAUGAGACCGGUGUUGAGCCACGUGACAUUGAUCUGGUGAUGACUCAAGCUGGUGUGUCAAGGUCCAAGGCUGUCAAAGCUCUCAAGACUCACAGUGGGGACAUAGUCAGUGCCAUCAUGGAGCUUACCACUUAGGUAGAUUUCUUUUUGAAGACGAGUUUUUGGAAUUACUGUCCCAUAUGACUACGGUGCACUCUCAUUGGGAGAAUAUAUUAAAUUUCUAGCUACUCGGCGUGGAUUAGUUUUGAUAAGAACAAUGAUCAUCACUAUCUUAUUUUAAUUAUAAGGUUGCUGUUACUGAAA